ACUAACUUCGCAGUGAACACAAAUCGCGACACACCAAUGGCGGCUACAGAGGAAGAGAUGACGACGGCGACGAAGGAAGGCGCUAACCUAUUGGGGAAGCCAAAGUACAAGAAACUUGAGAACGGGAGAUUCAGGUGCGUGCAAACGGGCCACGAGCUGCUCGAGAAAGACAAGAAGGUCUAUUCAGAGAGCAAACGGUGCCGUUUAGGGCUUAUCGACCACGCCUUAUCCCACAGCAAGCCUCCUCUUAACUUGUUUGAGCAAGAUCCCACCUCUCGUUCAAAGCUGUUGUGUAAGCUCACGGGUGAUACGGUGAACAAGACGGAGGAGCAUAUUUGGAAGCAUCUCAAUGGACGGCGCUUCCUCAACAAACUAGAGGAGAAGGAGCGAGAGAAAGAGUCUGGGUCUGUUCCUGAGGAAGGCGGUGAAGCUGUGGUGAAGGAGGAUGGUGUAAAGGAAGGAAAGAAGAAGAAUAAGAAGAAGAAGAAAAAGGAUAAGAAGAAAAAGAAAAAGGAGGUAGAUGAAAAGGAAGAGAAUGGGGAGGAUGUGACUGAUGGAGUUGAGAAUGAAAAUGGUGAAGAUGGUGAGGAGAAAGAGCUUGACUUUUGGAUGCCACCUGAUGGAGAGAGGUGGGACUUUGAUGAUGGAGGAGACCGGUGGGGAUCAGAUUCUGAAGAGGAAGAUGAUCCAAUAGGUGAAAUUGAUGAAGAUGGAAAGACUAGUUUGGAGGACUGCAUAAUAGGUGAAGUUGAUGAAGAUGGCGAAAACAGUCUGGAUGAGACCACUGAAAGUAAAAAGAGGAAACCUGAAGAGCUCAGUUCCAGUAGCCUUCCUUCGUCGAAGAAGAAUAAGAAGAAUAAGAAGAACAAGAAGGUCAAAACAACAGCGUCAUAAGUUAUAUCCGAUCUCUCUCUUUCUCUCUUUUGUUCUUCCUCGUUUGUGUGCAUUGGCACUUUGUACUCUGUUUUUCAAUUUAUGGGAUCAGUUUUGAUAUUAUUUACUGGUGAUAGAAAACGGGUUAAUGGUUCUUCUCUAUCCUAUGGGCCAUGUUAGGUCUUUUGAGUCGA